CCCCAGUUGCCUCUGCGGCGCUGUUUGGAGCUUCUGGCCCGGAGGAUCGUCGUCAUCUCAACCGCCUCCAACACAACCACACAACGUCGUUAUCUGGGAGUUUUGUGCUCCACCACCAUGCACUUCGCACCUUUGAAGGCUGCUUUUCCCACCGGUUGAUCCCGGUAUUUGCUUACAUUCCCACGUCUGUCCAGCACCCAUCGUGACAAUGGGGGGCUCAGGUCAGAAGUUCGAGACCAUCACAACUGUGGUUGCUGGUGUCGCGUCCAUUAUCGCGACCUUGUUGUCUAUUGUAUCGAUAUGGCUGCAGACUAAGAAUUACCGGAAGCCGUUGCUACAACGCUAUGUCGUCCGCAUCCUCCUAAUGGUCCCCAUUUACUCCAUUGCCUCGUGGUCCAGCAUGGUCUCGCGAACAGCCGCCGACAUACUCGACCCGAUACGAGAUAUCUACGAGGCCUUCACGAUCUACACCUUUUUCCAGCUCUUGAUCAACUACCUUAGUGGUGAGAGGGCAUUGAUUAUCAUGACACAUGGUCGGAAGCCUGUUCACCACGUAUGGCCCCUGAACCAUGUGCUACCUCCCUUCGACAUAUCUGACCCGCAUACCUUCCUCGCCAUCAAACGCGGUAUUCUACAGUAUGCGUGGCUCAAGCCUUUGCUUGCACUAGCGACGGUCAUCAUGAAGGCUACUGGUACAUUCCACGACGGCAGAAUUCAACUCGACUCGGGAUACCUUUGGAGCGGUCUUAUCUACAACGCCAGUGUGACUAUCAGUCUGUAUGCUCUGGGCCUCUUCUGGGUCUGCAUGAAUGACGAUCUCAAGCCUUUCCGGCCGAUGCCCAAGUUCUUGUGCGUCAAGCUUGUGAUUUUUGCCUCGUAUUGGCAAGGCUUUGCCUUGUCGAUAUUGGUUUGGCUCGGUGUCAUCCCAGAGGGCGCCGACAAGUCUUCAGAGAGUAUGGCUGCUGCCAUUCAGGAUUUUUUGAUAUGCAUCGAGAUGCCGGCCUUUGCCAUCGCUCACUGGUAUGCUUUUUCGUGGCACGAUUUUGCCGACAACAGGAUUUCUUCGGCAAGAAUGCCUGUACUGUAUGCUGCGAGAGAUGCUUUCGGAAUCCGCGACCUCAUUCAGGACUCCAAGGAGACAUUCUCAGGAGACAAAUACGGCUAUCGAGUCUUUGAUUCUGGGGACAAGAUCAUGGCCCAUGAAGCCUCCCGAUCACGACUGGCUCGCAUCAAGGAAGGCAUGCGCUAUGAAAGGGGAGGCAAGGGCAAAUACUGGAUUCCGAGGCCUGAUGAGAUCAACCAGACGACACCUCUGCUCGGUAACAACGGCGGGCCAAGUCGUCGAAACGGGUCUCAGUCACCACAUACUAACGAUCAAGAUGAGUUGAUACUUGAUCCAGAUGAAGAAGCUCUCUACAACAGUGCCAGGAAGCUUGAGUUUGGGGAUUGGAACUACCCGGUCAUCACAGCAAAUCAGCCAGCAAGUGAGAGGUACCGGUCGCCGUUCCCCAGCCCAUAUCAACAAAGCCCCUCACGACGUACACCCGAUGGUAGCUUUUACCAGCGCUCUUCCACAAGCUCGGUUCCUUCGUUGAAUUCGAAUGCGGCAAUAGACCGCAGAAAGAAGCAAGCACCAGAAGGACCACAAGCUGGUAUCGAUGACAAGAAAGGAAAGAACAAGGCCAAGGGGUCCAGCUCAACUGGAGUUGGUGGUGCUGAUCCACUCGAAAUUGCCUAUGGUCCAACAAUAGGAACGCACAAAGAGAUUACCGAGGACGACUUUAACGUUGAUGUCGAAAGCGGCUUGCACAAACCACAAGAUCAUGAGUUUGUUGAGCCUCAUCCUACGCCUCCUCCACGGGAGGAUGACGAGAGCCCGAUCAAUGAGGAACGUGGACAAUGGGAACGGAGUGAUGGUGAUGGUGCAGAUGACAGCCACAAAAGCCCCCACUUCACUAUCGACGAGAUCCGUGCCUUGAUGGACAAGCCCACGAACGUGCGCAACAUGUCCGUCAUUGCGCACGUCGAUCACGGCAAGUCCACCCUGACCGACUCUCUGCUGGCCAAGGCUGGUAUUAUCUCCUCGGGAAAGGCCGGUGAGGCUCGUGCGACAGAUACCAGAGCCGACGAGCAAGAACGUGGUAUCACCAUCAAGUCCACUGCCAUCUCCCUGUAUGGUACUCUUCCCGAGGAGGAGGAUCUCAAGGACAUUGUUGGCCAGAAGACCGACGGCAAGGAUUUCUUGAUCAACUUGAUCGACUCGCCCGGUCACGUUGAUUUCUCUUCUGAAGUCACUGCCGCUCUCCGUGUCACCGAUGGUGCUCUCGUCGUCGUCGACACCGUCGAGGGUGUGUGCGUCCAGACCGAGACUGUGCUCCGCCAGGCUCUCGGUGAGCGCAUCAAGCCCGUUAUCAUCAUCAACAAGGUCGAUCGCGCUCUUCUCGAGCUCCAGGUCUCCAAGGAGGAUCUUUACCAGUCCUUCUCCCGUACCAUCGAGUCCGUCAACGUCAUCAUCUCCACCUACUUCGACAAGUCGCUGGGUGAUGUCCAGGUCUACCCCGACAAGGGCACCGUCGCCUUCGGUUCCGGUCUCCACGGCUGGGCUUUCACCAUCCGUCAGUUCGCUACCCGUUACGCCAAGAAGUUUGGUGUCGACCGCAACAAGAUGAUGGAGCGUCUCUGGGGCGACAACUACUUCAACCCCAAGACCAAGAAGUGGACCAAGAACGGCACCGCUGACGGUGGUGCUCAGCUCGAGCGCGCUUUCUGCCAAUUCAUCUUGGACCCCAUCUUCAAGAUCUUCGCCGCUGUCAUGAACUUCAAGAAGGACGAGGUUACUACCCUCCUCGAGAAGCUCAACCUCAAGCUCGCUGUCGAUGACCGUGAGAAGGAGGGCAAGCAGCUCCUCAAGGCUGUCAUGCGCACUUUCCUUCCCGCCGCUGACUGCUUGUUGGAGAUGAUGAUUCUUCACCUUCCUUCCCCCGUCACUGCCCAGAAGUACCGUGUCGAGACUCUCUACGAGGGUCCCGCUGAUGACGAGGCUGCCGUCGGUAUCCGUGACUGCGACCCCAAGGGUCCUCUCAUGCUUUACGUCUCCAAGAUGGUUCCCACUUCCGAUAAGGGUCGUUUCUACGCUUUCGGUCGUGUCUUCUCCGGUACCGUCCGUUCCGGUCUCAAGGUCCGCAUCCAGGGCCCCAACUACACCCCCGGCAAGAAGGAGGAUCUCUUCAUCAAGGCCAUUCAGCGCACCGUCCUCAUGAUGGGUGGCAAGGUCGAGCCUAUCGAUGAUAUGCCCGCUGGUAACAUUGUCGGCUUGGUUGGUGUUGAUCAGUUCUUGCUCAAGUCUGGUACCCUCACCACCAUCGACACCGCCCACAACCUCAAGGUCAUGAAGUUCUCCGUCUCCCCCGUCGUGCAGCGCUCCGUCCAGGUCAAGAACGCCCAGGAUCUUCCCAAGCUUGUCGAAGGUCUCAAGCGUCUCUCCAAGUCCGACCCUUGCGUCCUUACCAUGACCAACGAGUCCGGUGAGCACGUCGUUGCUGGUGCUGGUGAGCUCCAUCUCGAGAUUUGCUUGAAGGAUCUCGAGGAGGACCACGCUGGUGUCCCUCUCAUCAUCUCCGACCCCGUCGUCCAGUACCGUGAGUCCGUCACUACCAAGUCCAGCAUGACUGCUCUCUCCAAGUCCCCCAACAAGCACAACCGUCUCUACAUGGUUGCUGAGCCCAUUGAGGAGGAACUUUCCGGUGCUAUCGAGGCCGGCCGCAUCAACCCCCGUGAUGAUUUCAAGGCCCGUGCCCGUGUCCUUGCCGAUGACUUCGGCUGGGAUGUCACCGAUGCCCGCAAGAUCUGGGCUUUCGGUCCCGAUGGCAACGGUGCCAACUUGCUCGUCGACCAGACCAAGGCCGUCCAGUACCUCAACGAAAUCAAGGACUCCGUCGUCUCUGGUUUCCAGUGGGCCACCCGUGAGGGUCCCGUUGCUGAGGAGCCCAUGCGCAGCAUCCGCUUCAACAUCCUCGAUGUUACCCUCCACGCCGAUGCUAUCCAUCGUGGUGGUGGCCAGGUUAUCCCUACUGCUCGUCGUGUCCUGUACGCUUCUGCUCUUCUUGCCGAGCCCUGCCUUCUCGAGCCCGUCUUCUUGGUCGAGAUUCAGGUCCCCGAGCAGGCCAUGGGCGGUGUCUACGGCGUCCUUACCCGCCGCAGAGGUCACGUCUUCGCCGAGGAGCAGCGCCCCGGCACUCCUCUUUUCAACAUCAAGGCCUACCUCCCAGUCAUGGAGUCCUUCGGUUUCAACGCCGAUCUCCGCCAGGGUACUUCCGGCCAGGCUUUCCCCCAGUCCGUCUUCGACCAUUGGCAACAAUUCCCCGGUGGCAACCCCAUCGAUGCCACCUCCAAGGCCGGUCAGCUCGUCCAGACCAUGCGCAAGCGCAAGGGUCUCAAGGUCGAGGUUCCCGGUGUCGACAACUACUACGACAAGCUUUAAAUGGUGCCUGCCGAUUGGCAUAUGACUCCUUUCCCUGUGUACUCAGCGUUAUGAAAAGUUGGGGCGCAUGGUUAAUGUCUGGCGGUUACGACCCUGGGCGUGGAGGAGCAAAAACUAGGAAGGACGGUGGUGCGAAAAGGCAAUUUCAUAGAAAGUUGAUGGCACCAGAUUUUUCCUUGCUAUACUUUUGCUUUGGGCCUGUUUUAAGUUACGUAGAUAUGAAUUACUUGCAUUGACAAAGAAUUAUGUUAUAUAAUGGUGCCUAGAUGUGAAGUGUCUCUUGUCAUUUCUUGGAGACUUUGGAUGGAAGAC